AGUGGGGCGCGGGGGCUCCCUGGGGCGGCGCCGCCCCGCGCAGCCAUGGGGCGCGGCAGGUCGGGCUCCUCCCGGGGCUCCAGGGGCAGGAGCCCGAGCCGCCGGCGCAGGGCCCGCGAGACCGGCACCAUCAACACGUGGAACACCGAGAAGCAGUUCGGCUUCGUGUCCUGCUCCUCGAAGAACCGGGCCGACCUCUUCCUCCACGCGGAGUAUUUUGAGAACCUGGACCAGCGCAACCGGGCGAAGACGCGGGGCCUGCGCCGGGGCGACAGGAUCGCGUUCGACAUCCAGGAGGCCGGGGGCGGCAAGCGGAGCGCCGAAGCCGUCAACGCCGAGAUGCUCGACGUGUCCAAGCUGUCGCCCUCGCGCAGCCCUAGCGGCCGCCGCGGGGAUGCCAAGCCCAGGC